UAUAAAAUGCACAACAUGCCUACGAGACCUUUUGCCUCUCUCUCUCUCUCGCUCCUCCCUCUCUCUCUCUCUCUCUCUCUCUCUCUCUCUCUCUCUCUCUCUCUCUCUCUCUCUCUCAUUGCUCAUCUCUCAUCUCUCUUGAGUUUUAGAGACGACGUGGCAAUGGCUUCUCUCAUGCCGGCACUGCUCGUUCUGCUGCUGGCGAUUCCGGCGAAGGUGCAUGGAGCGACCCACACCGUGGGGGAUUCCACUGGGUGGACCCAGGGUUAUGACUACUCGACUUGGGCUGCUGGCCAGACUUUCAAUGUCGGGGACACUCUUGUGUUUUCGUAUACCUCGCUCCACUCGGUUGACCAAGUGAGCAAAGACGACUACGACAACUGCAACUCCGGCAACGCCCUCCAAUCCUACUCCGGUGGGUCCAACUCCAUCACCCUCAGCUCGGCCGGCGCGAUGUACUUCAUCUGCCCCACGGCUGGCCACUGCAGCGGCGGCAUGAAGCUGGCAGUCACCAUCGCCUCGUCGAGCACCACCCCCGGCUCCCCGCCAUCACCGCCCUCCACGAGCUCACCCGGGUCUCCGCCCUCCACCCCCACAGGAACAACCACUACACCAUCACCUAAAGCCAACGGAGCCGCCAGUGUUUUCGGCGUGAGCAAUGUGAUGCUCGUACUCUCAUCCGUGGUAGCGACCGUGAUUGCACUAGCGUGCUAGGGAAGAGCCAGUGCAAUUUGCUGUGGAAUUUAGUUCUCUUUUGUUGGUUGUUGUAUGUAACAUUUGGCGUGUGGAAAGACAUGGUCUCUCGGAUUCAAUUUGAUUAUCUAUUGAGGUA